AUGCCAUCGUGGCCCCGGGUCGUCGGGACCGCCCACCGAUGCUUGGCGCUUGCCGCUGCGCUCUACGUCGCCGUGUCGGUGUUGCGCAACGCUGCUGCUUGCAACGCCGUCCGACUCGGUGCCUUCGAAGCGCCCAAGCUCGCCAACAUCUACACGAGCGGGCUCGUCCUGGCUUUUCUUCUUGACACGGCCGCCAACAGCACAGCCCGCCUGCCUCAAGCGUCGAUACUCUACCUUGACGAAGGCGCGGAAGGAGCGCCGUACACAGUCCGCACCGACAGCUGCGUGCCGUUCCUCGAGGACUCGGACCUGCUCUACAAUGCCUCGGUGGCCCUGCCACUCGUCGCCAGCAUUCUGCCGUCCGCUGCCACACAGUAUCUGGUCGUCGACUGUUCGUUCACGGGUCGUGUCCUCGGCGACACGACGGCCUUCAAGGUCUAUGCCGUCGACGCGCACACCGUCACGACGGUCUACGUGCAGACGAUGGGCCUUCGCCGCCCCAAGGCCCCGUGGCAGACGUCGUGCGCUAUGGCAACGGUGCUUUCAACGCCGUUGGCGUCACUUGAGGAAGUCCACACCUCGUCGUACCGGUCGUUUGUGAGUCUAGGGUUUCCGUACGAAGCCAGUAGCAGUUUCCAAGAGGUGCUGCUCGACCCGACACCGUCCUAUGUGGGGAGCUGGGCGGCCACGGUCCUUGCGACGGGCGAGCGCCUCGUCGUUGCUGGCUCCGAGGGCAUCUACCGCGUGUCGCCUACCGUGCAAGCCAAUACAAACUCGUAUGUCUGGCUCCUUCCAGGGAGCCCCGUCGACUUUAUCCAAGCCAUUCAGUACACGCAGGUCGGCCACGCCAUCGACAAGUCGUUCGCGUGGGCGCGGUGUCUCUUGUCGGCAACCUUUGGCCUCCAACUGGUCUGGUACUGGGGCCUCUCGGCCGUCAUUGCGUGGCGCCGCUACCGCGCGCACCGCUCGGUCUGGAUACCCGACAUCUACGCAUGCGUGAUCCUGCAGGCGCGCCAGUACACCCUUCUCUGGCUCUGCAUUAGUGCAGCCGACAAUGGCUGGGAGCUCCUCGAGUAUGCGAUCGCGACUGGCAAUGCCCAGCAGGGAUGGAGUGCGACGUUCGUCCUGCCCGACAUGGUCUUUGGAGACCUCUUGGUCGUCUACCUCAGUCUUCUCGACGCCGUCGCCUCCCUCGUCCACGCCCGCCUCCACCUCCACGUGGCCGUUCUCCUCUUCGUCGUAUGCUUUUUGCGCCAAGCGGAGCUCUCGGUCGCCGUCAACCUCGAGCGAGUGGCCGCCACCGCCUUGCUCCGCGCCAACUACUUGGCCAACGUCCAGGUUGUCGGGCCGCCCACCAGCAUGACGCUCUGGACGAUGCAUCCGUACCCAACGACGCCAACGCCACUUCUCGUCGCGAGCUACGCGUGGUUUCUCGUCGCCCUUGUGGUUGGGUGCUGCUACAUUGCAGCGCAGCGGCUCUACGAGCAAUGCCGCAGCAGCAACAUCAAUGGCGUCGUCGACGAGCCAUCGUCGAGGACCGCGAGUUUGGCGCCCGCCAUCGCGAUCAAGCGGGCGAGCAUCGUACCUGCGCUCUCUCGCGUCCACGAAGGCAGCCACGAGACGGGCACCUCGAGGCGCGGACCGCACUUUGCGAGCGUGCCACCGUCGUCGUUGACGUGGGCGACGGUGCUCGAGGCGGCGGUUCCGAGCGCUGCCCGUCAUCUAGCUGGCCUCGUCGCCCCGAUUACCGACCGGAGAGGCGGCGAGCUCUCGCCGUCCGAGCUAUGGAGCCAUGGCUACGUCCUGCUGCGGCGCUCGUACGUGGUGUCGAUCCACGACGUGGGCUGGCUGGCGCUCAACGUUCUCUGCGGACGACCCGUCGCCCGCGUCUACGGCUACCACCUGCACGCAUGCAAUUGCGGCCUCGAGCUGGUCGACGUCCGUCGCUGGUGGCACCUCUUGGAGCUCCGCCUCGACGCUCCGCGACCCAACUUCGCCGCAGAGGCCGAGUCGCUCCUCGCCCAGCAGCAGAAGCAGCGCGCCGAGGCGACCAAGGGCCUUCAGAUGAGCAUGCUGCUCCUGGAGCAGCACCUCGGGCUGCAGGUCGAUACGGCGAUGGCGCCCGUCAUGGCGAACCAGCAGGCGAUCCAGGACGAGUGCAUUGGCAUGGCCAAGUGCGCAGUGCAGCUCCACCAAAAGACGGUGCGCUGGAAGGCCGAGCACAAGCGCUUCAAGGCGCAGCUAGCCGAACUCGAAGACUUUAGCGCCUGGGCAGUGCAGAGCGCGAAGGAGAUGGAAGCCAUAUGCGGCAAGCUCGAGUACGUCUGUCACGAGCUCUCCCGGGCCGCCAAGGACGAUGCGUGA